AUGUGGGGAGAACUCGUAGUCCGGGCGGCCAAUGAGAAUGGCAUCCCAGACAUCACAGACCCAUGGCCGGUCAAAGAUAUUGUGUACACCUCCAUCGUAGGAACAGUAAUGCUGGCAGCCCUCUUGGAGUGGUUCCUCUGGGUAGCUGCAUUCAUGUACUGCCUUGUCAAAGUCUACCAGAAAGCGGAAACUGUCAGCGUGAAGAUCCUGGCGAUAAUCAUGAUGAUCCUUUUCACUGCGCUCAGAGCAAUCUUCCUUCCCAUCAUGGUCGUCACGCUCCCGCUGCCACCGCAAGUCGUGAGAUACUUCCCAGUGAGCAUGGUGGAGUUUCUCCAGUGGUUCGCCUUCUGGUCGUUCGCCGGUCUCCUGACUAUUCCAUGGCUGUUCUGCGUCUACCAGCUGGUCACUCACUCGUUGGGGCGGACAAAGCGGAUCAAGACAGUUUUGGACGAGUCUUCGGCGCCAAAAGUCGUCAUUGUGAUGCCGUGCUACAAGGAGAUCCCUGAGAUCUUGCUACGAACCGUUGACUCGCUGGUCGACUGCGAGUACCCACCGUCGUGCUUGCACGUUUUCUUAUCCUUCGACGGUGACCAGGAAGACGAGCUGUAUCUCAACACCAUCGAGAAGCUUGGCGUCCCUCUUACGCUUGAUACGUACCCUAGGAGCAUCGACGUGACCUAUCGCAGCACUCGUAUCACCGUCUCAAGAUUUCCGCACGGAGGAAAGCGUCAUUGUCAGAAGAGAACCUACAAGCUCAUCGACAAGAUCUACACUGAAUACUUGCGCCGGAACGACAAUCUGUUUGUUCUCUUCAUUGACUCGGACUGCAUCUUGGACAAAGUGUGCAUCCAGAACUUCGUUUACGAAAUGGAACUCAAGCCUGGCAGCAAGCAGAAUAUGCUGGCAAUGACUGGAGUCAUCACCUCGACGACAGAGAAGAACACUCUGAUCACGCUGCUUCAAGAUAUGGAGUACAUCCAUGGACAGCUAUUCGAACGAUCAGUAGAAUCUGGAUGCGGAGCCGUGACUUGCUUGCCUGGUGCGCUUACCAUCCUCCGCUUCUCGGCUUUCAGAAAGAUGGCCAAAUACUAUUUUGCGGACAAGGCCGAACAGUGCGAUGACCUCUUCGAUUAUGGCAAGUGCCAUCUCGGCGAAGAUCGCUGGCUGACGCAUCUCUUCAUGAUUGGCGCCAAAGAACGUUAUCAGAUCCAGAUGAACACGGGUGCCUUCUGCAAAACCGAGGCCGUUCAGACGUACCGCAGCUUGCUAAAGCAACGCCGGAGAUGGUUCUUGGGCUUCAUCACCAAUGAGGUCUGCAUGUUAACGGAUAUCCGGUUGUGGAAGCGAUAUCCCAUCCUUUGCGUCGUCCGCUUCAUGCAGAACACAAUCCGCACUACAGCACUGCUCUUCUUCAUCAUGGUCGUUUCACUCAUCACGACGUCUCAGAAGAUAUCUCAGCUGCCAGUUGGAUUCAUUGCUAUCUCUCUUGGUCUCAAUUGGCUUCUGAUGAUCUACUUCGGCGCUAGACUCGGCCGGUACAAAGUCAUGCUGUACCCCCUUAUGUUCGUCGUCAACCCCUUCUUCAACUGGGUCUACAUGGUAUACGGCAUCUUCACAGCCGGCCAGCGCACCUGGGGCGGACCGCGCGCUGAUGCCGGAACGGCCGAUACUAAAACCAGUCCGCAGGAAGCCAUCGAACACGCCGAAGCCACCGGCGAUGAUCUCAACGUUGUGCCUGAGACCUUCAAGACCGCAGCCGAGGAGCGCGUGAAACGGAAGAAGUCAGGACGCGUGCCAAACAUGCCGCUCCAACCAUCGGACCAUCUCGAAGGCCGCUUUGCGCCCGCGGAAAGGCUUGCAGAUGGUUGGUAUCAACAAGGUAACGACUCCGGACUUACCCUUCCGGACAUGGGGCCUCGCAACCCAAAUACGCCCCAUAUACCGCUUCACCCUCGCGCUUCCUUCGAUUCGACCUAUACUGCUAUGUCCGCCGGAAACUCAGUUUACAUGCCGCGCCGCGUCGAGAGUCUCAUUGACCCCGAAGAUGCGCGGCUCUACCACACUCGGCAGGCAGCGCAGAAGCCAGCCGGCGGCGCCUUCUACGAGAGCGCGCGCCCCAGCCCCUACAGCUCGGGCAAACCCGGCUUCAACGAGUCUGUCGAAUCUCUAAACGACGACUCCGACUCCGGCGUCUACAACCCUACCAAACACUCCCAGCGCCCCGCAGCUGCACGCAACAACACGGACAACAGCAUGAGCAGCGUCAACAGCGCCAACGGCACAUACACGCCAGACCUGUCUUCACCGCUUAAUCCUCACAACGCACAAGCCUCCGACACCCUCGCAGCCCCGAAGCAGUCCCUCAGACCUGGCGACCGCGCCUCCUCCGCCGCGCACCAAGCUAGCGCUCGUACCGGCCGUAGCCCCCUCGCACGCAGGAGCUUCGUCGUGAAAGCAGCAGACGAGCCCACCGCAAUCGAGAUGCAGGAGCAAGCGGGACCGAACAUGGGACUCAUGGAUCCGCGGGCCCGAAGCCGGAGUCCUGCGCCGCCGGUCGAGGAGCCGGGACAUGCGAGGACGGAGUCGGCGGAUCGGAGGCGGAAGAAGUUGCAAAAGCAGAGGCCGGGAAGUAGAGACUCGAAUCGGAAAUGA